AUGGAAGAUACGUUGGACAGUUGCUUUGAAGUUGUUAUCAUGGAAAGGUCAGGUGCACAGCAGCCCUCUGCAUCCUCAGAAAGAAGAGCAGUCGGAGAGGCCGAGGACAGGGACCCAGCAGAGAGGCCUCUGCUUUCAGAAGCUCCAGGCACUGGGCAGUCAGAGGAGGGCGGUCAGCAGCAGUUCUCUCUGGAGCAGUCGGCUCUGGAGAAACGGGAGCAGUCAAGUUUAGCACAGUGGGAAUUACCCAGCAAAGGACUAGGCAAUCAAGAAGUGAUCGGAAGUAACGACCAAGAUGUAUUUGAGCCAGAUGCCCCAUUCAGCGCAUCAUCUGAGAGCACACCUGAUGUUUCAAUAAAAUCAUCUCAGGGAAGCAUGAGUGAGGGCAAUGAAGCUCUUAGGAGGACUAGGGCUAACUUUGAUGAAACUAUCCAGUCUGAGAAGUUAUGUCUUGAUCAGGAGCAUUUGCCUGGGAAAGCAGUUCAACAGGAUUACCACAUGCCUGAUGUCGUAACUGUCAGAGUACAAACAGGUUCUGAUUCAUUCCAAGAUGUAGUUGUAAAAAUUGAAAGACCUACCUAUCAUAAACCAUUUCUGGGUGGAUAUAAGAACAGGAUAACAGGAGUGGAAUUUCAUAAUGCAGGAUCACAAACGGUACCCAAAAACCGACCUGACAAAGGAAUUAAUAGGGAAACACAGACGGUUUUUGAAAAAAAUAGGCCACAACAGACAAAAAAUACAACAUCAACACAGAUGACUAAAACUGGCCUGUAUGUGUCAAAUAUGGCUGACAAACUAUUAAGUCCUGGAAAGUAUCUUACAGCGGAAGAAUACCAUAAACGUAGACUUGAAGCAGUAAUAGUAUUACAGACAUAUUUCCGUCGUUGGCAUGCUAUAAAUGUAGUACAAAAUCUGAGGGAAGAAAAGAGGUUAAGGCUGGCAUGGGAGGCACAAGACGAGUUACGGAGAAAAAAAGAGAAAGAAGAAAAAAUGAGAAGGGAGCACGAACGAAGACUGAACCCUAAAACAAAAGAAGACUUUGAGCUACUGUACCAUGCUUUAGAAUUAUGGAGGCAGGAGGAGACUGAACGGAUUAACAGAACUCUUACUGGAGCUGAAAGAAAGGCAGCAUUUUGUGGACUUCUGGAACAAGAGGCACAGCUGAUUUCUUCCAUUGGGAGACACAAACUAAAUGCAGAUGAGGGGAAUCAACAAAAAGCAAUACUGCACUUUCUGGAUAAGUGUGCACAACCUAAGAGAUGGAAAGCAUAUGAUGGAAAAAUCACUGAAAUGGAUACACAGGACACACUCCGUGCCAGAGAACUAUUUGAAAUUUACCGCAGCAUUAGCAUGAAUGACAUCCCAAAAGAUGAGAGAAUAGAUGUGCUGUUAACACUCAGACGUACAGUGAAG